UGGCAGAUCUGGUCUCUUCUGAGCAACCCGCAGCCUCUGGUCCAUCCAGACGUUGAAUUCAGCAGACGGAUACCAUUCGUUCCCUGGGAUUGUACCUGCCCUUGAUCUCCUCAUCCCCUCCCGUGCUCCCCUUACCUCUGAUAAAACUCCAGAGCGUUGCUGUAUUGCUAUGGAGCCCAGGGAAACUUUGGGCAGCUCCCGGCAAAGGGGAGGUGAGGCAGACUUCCUGCCAGCCACUGUCACCUCUGUGAAGCCUCCUCCUACCUCUGGCUGCACAGGGGAGACGAUGCUGCCCACAGCAGGCUCGGGGAAGGGGAUCCCAGUGAGCAGCGAGAGGCUGGAGCCUGAGGAAGAAGAUGAGCUGGGUUCUGGAAGAGAUGUGGAUUCCACUUCCAAUGCGGACAGUGAGAAAUGGGUGGCGGGAGAUGGUUUGGAGGAGCAGGAGUUUUCCAUCAAGGAGGCUAACUUCACAGAGGGGAGUUUAAAGCUAAAGAUCCAAACCACCAAGAGAGCUAAGAAGCCCCCAAAGAACUUGGAGAACUAUAUUUGCCCUCCCGAGAUCAAAAUCACCAUCAAGCAGUCUGGAGAGCAGAAGCUUUCCAGAGCUGGGAAAAAUAGUAAAGCAGCUAAAGAAGAGGACAGAUCACACUCCAAAAAGAAAGGAAAAGUCAUUGGAGAUACGAAACUGCUUAUGAGUUGUGGUUGCAGAAAAGGGAAAAAUGCUCAAGUGAAAGACUCAGAUCAGGUAAGCCAUGCAUUAUACAGUACCCUCUCUAGCAAUGAAUGACAGGAGGGGACAGUCUGCAAAAAUUCUGGAUGGUACAUCACUUUCCCUUACCUUCCAGGAGAGAGAAACAUAAGGAAUGAUGUAUUCAAUUAAUAGGCAGAAUUUGUGAAAUAAAAACCUAUUUGCAGUGC